AACAGCCGCAUGUUACUCAGGCCGUAGAUCGUCACCCGUGUCCUCUGUACGUAUUUGACUUCCAGUCAACAGACACAAACAUUGUAAAACUGCGGCGGGAAGGUUAUAAACAUGAGCGGAAAAUACGACCUCGCUGAGCUUUUUGGGACGAAUGUACUUGACCAGCAUAAGAACAAAGUAGACGUGUCAUUCUUCACUGGCGAGGGGAAAUACGUUGGAAUCUACUUCUCUGCCCACUGGUGCCCGCCAUGCCGGGGCUUCACACCGGCCCUGGCUCAGUUCUACAACACAAUGAAGAAAAGCGGUCAAUUGGAGAUUGUCUUCGUCAGCUCGGACAGGGAUCAAGCUAGUUUCGAUAACUACUAUAAAGAAAUGCCAUGGCUCGCAUUAUCAUUCGAGGAUAGAGAAAUGAAGGCAAAACUGUGCCAAACAUUUGAGGUGACAGGGAUUCCCUGCUUCGUGUUGAUGGACGGCAGUACAGGGAAACUAAUCACUAAGGACGGUCGUUCGCAUGUGGCGAGUGACCCGGAAGGUGCUAACUUCCCAUGGAAACAAUAGCUAACUGUAUUCAGUGUCUUACCUGUCACUUUAAAGGAAGAUGCAACAUACACUUCUUUAACAUUUUAAUGGGCUUUACAUAAAGAACCUAUUCACAAAAGAGGGAGCUAGGAUUUUGCAUGGAGACUAUUUUAUUCAGCUACAGCUGCAAAAGCAGAUAAUUUUUUUCAAUUACAUUUAUUCGCCGAAAUGUUUUUAAAAACCCCCAAAACAAACCUUUAGAACACUGUCUUAAAAAAACCCAACACAUCUUGCAACAAUGUAUUUUUGUAUGUCAGAUAAUUUCCUUUUUCAGACGUCUGAAGACUAAUUUCUUUCAAGCAUCAACUUGGACAUUUAUUUUUUUCUACAAAAUACCCCCCCCCCCCCCCCCCCACCCCCUUAUUCUUCGUCUGAAUAUUGGUGGAGGCUUUGCUGGUGGAUAUCUCGUUAAAGAGAAUAUGUACAUUUUAUUUACACAUUUUACAAUUGUUACUAAUUCUGUAAGUUGAUAGUGUGUUAUAUACAUGUAUUAUUUUGCCUGAAUAACAGUUACCUAUGCCCUCUUUGAACUUUGGGGUUCGGGGUAGCCUAGUGGUUAAAGCGUUCGCACUUAACGACGAAGACCCGGGUUCGAUUCCCGACAAAGGUACAAAGUGUGAAGCCCAUUUCUGGUGUCCCCCGCCGCGAUAUUGGUGGAAUAUUGCUAAAAGCUGUGUACAACCAUACUCUUUCACUCACUCUUUGAACUUUGGUACAUUUUAUAUUUUCUGUACAUUUCUUGAUACUCACCUUAUGAACAGAUACAUUCCUAUGUUUUAAAGAUGUAACUUUAAUAAAAUUUGAAAUGUUU